AUGGCUGACUAUAAACCUGAAAUCUACUUUAUCGGAUAAAUUGUAGGAGGAAGUGAUUUCCCAACUGACUUAGAUGGGUUAUUUGUUGAGGCAAGUUUAAAAUAUGGAGAGAAUUGGAAAUUGAUAGAGAAGACCUCUACAAUUUAGACUCAUACUUCUUAUCCCGAUGAUGAAGGGUUCUUUGUGUUUGCUCAUCCCUUUGAUUUCUACUUUAUUUGCGAGAGUGUUCAAGGAUGGCCCAAACUCAAUAUUAAGGUGUGGAGACUUGAUCAGUAUGGAAAACUUGACAAUAUCGCUUAUGGCAUCAUCAAUUUACCUAAUGAAACUGGCUCCUUUGACUUGGAAUGCCCAACUUGGAGACCAAUGAGUGGCUGGAGAGAAGAAUCGUACAAUUAUUAUCUUGGAGGUCCUCCAAAGCUAGUUAAUUCAGACCCUAUAGUAAGAGACUUAAAUAAAAGAAGAUUCUUGACUUCAAUGAGCUCUGGAUCGAUUCAUAUCCAUUGUGAAGUGCUAAUGAAGGGAUAUAGAGAUUCUUUUAUUAGUGGAGAUCAGUGA